AUGACUUUUCUCAAGCGGAUACACAUAUCCAGUCCGCUCUGCCUGGUACUUUACUCCAGUCUCUGCGCUGUCGUGAGCGCAUCCCGGUUAACGUACCUGGACAAUCCAGCAAAACCAGCAUACAAAUACGGCGAUAACCUCCCCAUCAGCUGUCUAAACAGGUCAAUUGACGAUGGCCAACACGUCACCGAUGUAGCCGGAAAACUCCAAUAUAUACCCUUCUCCGAAUGCAAUGAGACCGGCUCGCCGCUUGCAUUUCACUAUGGUGUCUCCGAAACAAUAACAUGCACCAUCGACUCGCUCUCCGAUUCCCUCUAUCACCUACUAGAAUACUACAUUCACUCCGACGUCCCUCUCGCAUGCCGCAUACCUACCGCUCCCCUAGCCGGAUCCAGCACCAAAUUCAGCUCUAGAAAAGACGAUAUCAAGGACAAGGACAAGCAGAAGAAGAAGGAGAAGAAGGAAAAGGAGAAGCAUAAGGAUAAAGAUGCAACGGAGAGCGAAGAUGGGCUUUCCUCCACCCCGUUUACGCCCAUGACUUUUGCGGUUCAAGGGACACUCCAAUAUAGCCAUUUACACAUGUGGACGGAUAUGAAUGUUCUCUUCCACCGGUCAUCAAGCAUACCGUCAAAGGACGCGAAGCCUUCCAAGCACCGCAUGGAUGGCCAAGUUGUAGCCGGAUCAGCAUACUCGUUCCCACUGGCAGUUAAACGGGAUAAGGAAGGGAAGCUUGACAGGACGAUAAGCGUGCCUCUUGACCCUUGGGCGGCUGGAAAAGGAAGCAAGAUCGUCCGCGGGGAGCCAGUGACGUUCACGUUCAAGGUUGGAUGGGUGGAUGAGAGUGAUGUUUCCUUUCUUUCGACGCAGCCGGGUGGGAGCUGGGGUACGUUUGGGGCGAUGAUAUGGCGUGCCAGCAUGUUUGUUAUGGCUGGUGUCGUUGGAGGUAUUCUUGCUAUAUGGUGGGACAGAUCAUUUGGAUCGAGACGAAAAGGAAGUCGGUGGGAUGGAGACGGGUUGUUGGGCAGCCUACCGGGCUCGACGAAAGGGUUCUUUGGAUCACGGCGUGCUGGUACAGCGUCAAGCAGCACAACGAGUAUAGGUGGUUACGGAGGAUACGGAUUGAGCAGUGCUGGCAGCCAUGGCUACAAUGGCUUCUCCAGCGGGAAAAGAGAUUGA